AUGGAUAAUGAAAUACUUAAAAAAGGUCUUGGUGGUGCUGUGCCUUUGAUAGAAGAAUAUGUCACUAUGCAAGAAUAUUAUGCAUAUCAAUUACAACAGCGUGAGAAUGAAGGUGAAACAUUGAUUCUUGGUCGUAGGUUGCGACAACAAUUUUUAGUAGAUGCUUACACAUGUGUUGAGGAGUAUCGACUAAUUUGGGUCAGGAACCAUCAACUUCAACUGAGAUCAGAGGUGUACUUUGGAAUAAAGGAUGCUGUAUUUAGAGGAGACACUACUCCUUCAUCUAUUGGGAAAAGAGUUGUUCUUCCUUCAAGCUUUACUAGAAGCCCUAGAUAUAUGAUUCAAAAUUACCAAGAUGCUAUGUCAAUUUGUAGAUGGGCUAGGUACCCGAAUUUGUUUAUAACUUUCACGUGCAACCCUAAAUGGCCAGAAAUUGAAAGUUUCCUUUCCUUAAUUCCAGCUCAACGACCUGAAGAUAGACGGGAUAUCAUUGCAAGAGUUUUUAAGAUCAAAUUGGAUCAACUACUACGUGAUCUAAAACAUGGCAAGCAUUUUGGAAAAGUAAUUGCAGUUAACUACACAGUUGAAUGGCAAAAAAGAGGCCUCCCCCAUGCUCACAUUCUUUUGUACCUAUACCUAGAUGACAAACACCCCACGCCUGUGGAUAUAGACAAGAUAAUUUAUGCUAAAAUACCAGAUAAGAUUACUAAUCCAGGGGAUUAUGAAGUCAUUUCACAGUUCAUGAUUCAUGGACCUUGUGAUGAAGAUGGUUACGCAAUUUAUAGGAGAAGAGAUGAUGGGAAGACAGUUGAGAAGAAUGGUGUUAUGCUCGAUAACAGAUUUGUGGUGCCAUACAACAUUGACGUAUAUAUAUCAGCUUCUGAAGCAUGCUGGAGACUUUUUGAGUUUGAUAACCAAUAUAGAGAGCCUGAUGUACAGAGAUUAAGCUUCCAUAUUGAGAAUGAGCAGAAUGUUACAUUCAAAGAUUCAGACUACUUGGAUAAUGUUUUGGAAAGACCAGAUAUAACAAAAACAAUGUUCACUGAAUGGAUGAAGGCAAACGAAAUGUAUGAUACAACAAGAAAUUUGACAUAUUGUGAUUUCCCUACGAAAUGGGUUUGGCAUAGAAAACAAAAAGAAUGGCGCCCAAGGAAACCUGGCCAAUAUAUAGGGAGGAUAUUUCAUGCUCAUCCUGCAAGUGGUGACUGCUUCUAUCUUCGAAUUCUCCUUAAUGUGGUCAAAGGUGCAAGGUCUUUUGAGGAAAUUAGGACUAUUGAUCAUGUUGUGUAUCCAACAUAUAAAGCAGCAUGCUAUGCUCAUGGCCUUUUAGAUGAUGACAAGGAAUGGGAUGAUGCUAUCAAAGAAGCCUCUAAUUGGGCUUCAAGAAGGCAGCUACGAGAAUUGUUCGCAACGUUAUUGUUAUUUUGUGAAGUGAUAGACCCACAUGCAUUAUGGAUGGCUAAUUGGGAGUUGUUUUCUGAUGAUAUACUGUAUAGGCAAAAGCAUCUCCUAAUGUAUGACAACUUACAUUUGAUAGAAGAACAAAUACAGAACUAUGCUCUUUUUGAAAUUGAACAAAUAUUAGUAAAAAAUGGAAGAUCUCUAAAAGAAUUUGAUGGCAUCAAAUAUCCAAAUGUGUUGACAAUUAGAGAAAACAACAACCGAUUGUUACUAGAAGACGGUGGUUUAUACUUUGUCUAUGGUCAUGGAGGAACUGGUAAAACAUAUCUUUGGAAAACAUUAAUUGCUUGCCUCCAUUCACAAGGGAAAAUUGUGCUUGCUAUAGCUUCUUCUGGCAUAGCAGCUUUGCUACUCCCUGGUGGUAGGACUGCUCACUCCAAAUUUCAAAUCCCUAUCAUUGUGACAGAGGAAUCAACUUGUGGUAUAAAGCAAGGAACACAUGCUGCUGAGUUAAUGACAAAGGUGAGUCUUAUUAUAUGGGAUGAAGCACCUAUGGCACAUUGUGGUGAUUUUCGACAAAUACUGCCAGUUAUUGCUAAAUGCCAUAGAGAAGAUAUUGUUGAUGCAUCAGUGAAUAGAUCUUAUUUAUGGAGCUUUUGCAAGGUAUUUGUACUAACACAGAAUAUGCGUCUCCAACAUCCUAAUGCUGAUUCCAACAACUUUGCAGAAUGGAUACUCAAAUUAGGUAACGGAGAGCUUGGUGAAGUUGACAGCCAAUCAAAUAUAGUCAUACCCUCUGGCCUAUUAAUUGAUGUUGGAGAUGAUCCAAUACAAAGCAUUGUGACUGCAACAUAUCCAAAUCUUCACAGCAACUAUGCAGAUGGAAAAUACUUGGAAGAGCGAUCUAUUCUAGCUCCAACAAAUGAUGUAGUCAAUGAAAUAAAUGACAAUAUCAUAGACUUGCUGCUUCAAAUGAGGAGACAUAUCUCAGUGCAGAUUCAAUUUGCAAGGCUUUGA